AAUAUUUUCCAAAAGUAAUUAUUUUUAUUUGUUGCAGUUUGUGCCGGUGUUCUGAGUAUAUGUGCUACCUCGUCAGAUUUUCCCAAGGCAGGGCGGAUUAAUGGGUAACAGAACACCGGAGCUAGCCCGUUGCAUCUAAAAUCGAUUGGUUUGGUCUGCCAUUUCCCCACUGUAACCAGGAAGUAGCUCCUGUUGUUUCACACGGGUCGUCAUUUUCCAAUGUUAGCAUUACAAAGUGCGUCAAAAUGACCGAAAUGCUGAACGGUACGGACUUCGGGGGAAUUUCGGUGCAUAAUUUCUCCGAGAAGAUUCUGGAGCAGGUCGUCCACUUCCACGUGAUGAAGUUUAACGAAGGCUUUUUCCUUUGGGUCGGUUCGGCUCCUGCUCUAUCCAACCUAGCGGUUUCAAUGAGCAGCAAAUAUGAUUCGAUGCCGUUAUCUACAUUGGUGAUGGGAGAUCCGUCAAAUACUGCAGCAAACUCUUUGGCACAGAGGCUAGCAAAGAGGACCAAAAAGCAAGUUUUUGUGAGUUACAGUCUUCCGAUGACAGACUCCAGCCUGAGUUUGUUGGUGGAAAACCGGAUCAAAAAGGAGCUGGAGCUUCACCCUGAGAACUUUUAGAAGCACGUCACCCCUUUAAGACAUUUACUUUCCUUACAUCAACACCUGCUUAUUCUUUUCAUUGUCCUGCAACCAAACUCCCAAAACAAAACAGACACAGAGGCAGUCACAUCCACUGUUCUUUUAUUGACAUAAUAAAUUAAGUGGUUUAUUAUCAAAACAUGUAGGCCUACGGCUUUUUGUACAAAUGCAUCUUAUUAAAAAAAUAACACUUAGAAAACAGCAUUAGAGACUGAGUUUUUUUUGUUUAGUUUUUUUUUUUUGUUUUUCAUUGCUUUACCUGUUAAACAUACAAACCAGUAAACCCAUACAAGACUAAUAUGGUUGGAAUAAUUGUUUGGAUUAGUAGGCUGGUUCAUCUAGUUGAUGUGCUUCUAAACAUGUGAAGAUCAAGAUCCAUACAUUAUGAAUGAAUGGCACAUGUACAAAUCCUACUCGGUAUUCACAUAGUAUAAAUGUUCACAGUUACAACUAGGCCAGUUCUACCUACACUGCUGUACUCUAAUCGUCACACGUGUUUAAUUAAAAAACAAAACAGUAUUUUAUUGUGCUUUCUGACUAAUGUUAAACAUGGAAAUGGCAAGAUUAUAACAGUACUAAAAUACAUAGAAGAAACAGUGACAAUUGGAGCGGAAAUAUUUGCUAAUGAAAGAGGUAAUUCAAGCAACAAGUUGGCCCUUGGCAUCAUUAGAAAAUAAAUACUGGAUUUCUUCAGUUACAUUUCAUCUUAAAUCUGUAAAAAAAAAAAAAAAAAAAAAA